UGACGAAAUUCCCAGUCUCUGGAAAGUCUCGUUGAUCAAUAACCAAGAAGCAAUCUGCCGUACAACACAAUGCACGUCUCCAAGAUCUUUGCCAUUUUGGCAUUUACUGUUGCCUUGGGCUCAUCUAACCCACUCCCCGUCAGGGAGAAGAGAGGACUAGUCAUGAGACAGGGGUCAGGCUAUAAACCGAUUACUUAUCUUGAAGAGGAUGUUGGUGAAGUCAAGAAGCGAGAAGCUCCAGACUAUAUACCGAUUACUUACCUUGAAGAUGACGUUGAGGGAGUCGAGAGGAACUGAGUACCCUUGAAGCUACUCGAAAUAUCUACUCGACGGUUUUUCCUGUACUCAAGCACGUGCGGAGGUAUGAAAGUGUUAUCUGCAGUCCACAAGGCGUGGUA